AUGUGCAGAAGCAGCCUGAUCCGACACCAGCAGGUCCACCUAAGAGAGAAGCCCUUCAGGUGUCCAGAGCGCAGCAAGAGCUUUGACAACAGCACGAGCCAACAGCAGCACAAGGUGACGCACACCAAGGAGAGACCCUUUCUCUGCAUCACGUGUGGGAAGAGCUUCAUCUGGCGCUUGGACCUCAUCUGUCACCAACGCAUCCACAUGGAACAGAAGCCCUUUUUGCGGUUGGAAGAGUUUUGCCACAAGCACCGUCCUCCUGUAUCACAGGAUGAACACACCAAGGAGAUGCCCUUUCCCUGCACCACCUGUGGGAAAAGCUUCCGUUUACACUCGUACCCUGUGAAGCACCAACAAAUCCACAGAGGAGAGAAGCCGUACGCCUGCCCCCACUGUAAAAAGACCUUCCGAAGGAGUUAUCGUCUCUUCAGGCAUCACCAAGUCCUCCACAAUG